AUGGACUACACCAAUAUCUUCCUCAACCAGGCCAACGAGGCCAACGCAGCCCACGAGGCCCACGAAGCCAACGAGGCCCAUAAGGCCAACGAGGCCGAGGCCCUCGAUCACAAUGAGGCCCAAGAGGCCCUCCCAUCGUGGCAAAUUCGUCCUCUGCCGCCCUCGCAGGCGUAUGACUCAUACGAUGAACUAUAUGACUUUAUACAAGGAUUUCAUCGUGAUAACGGCGCUGCUCUUAUCAAGAGGUCUAGCUCCGAAAAGCGUGGGUAG